AACAGCUUUGAUACUACUGUCUUCCAUUCGUUCCGUGUGUAUGAAUUGCCUGCAUCGGAAUAACCUACCACAUCAGCACCUAAAAGCAAGCAACAGUAAACAUAGGAAUGUUCUCGGGAUAAUAAUGGUAUUUUAUAAUAGCAUUUUAUUGACCAUGACGAAAGCCUUUCGUCGUCAGUUCAUGAAGGUAUUUAUUUAGUGGAGACCCCGCAAUUGCCCCGAAAUCUGGGGAAAGCUCCACGCACAUGAAUGGAGUCCAUAAUCCUGACACACGAACAUCGAUUAUCAGGGAUACAGUACUCGCUUCUUGGCCUACCGCAGCAAGAAACUGGAGAUAGUAGGGUUUACUAGUUUAUAUAGCUCGAUAGCUCAAUUGCUUGAUUGCUCGGUAUCCCCAUCUUUUUACUGACUCCACCACGCUCGUAACAAGCCGAGGCCCAAACACCUCGGUAAAGGCGCAACGGCUCCAUUGCAACUACGCGCUAUCAACUUUAUAACAUAUGAGGCGAAUGAUUGCCAUUUCCGUAGUGACAUGAUUGUAGAUUUGUGUAUACCAUCUAAUCCUCCGCAAUAAUGGCAACAUCUACAGAAUUAAAGCCUUUUGGCUCGCCUACACCAUUCGCAGAGCCUUUGUGGUACUCCCGGAACCUGACCCCGCAUUAUAACGAGUCCCAUCGCAAACUAAGAGCUGCGAUAAGAGCAUAUGUUGACGACGAGCUUCUCCCUUACGCGUUUGAAUGGGAGUCUGCAGGGGAAGUGCCAGACUGGGCCCUCAAGCGACACGCGGAACUGGGCUUUCACGCCUUGCACACAAAACUUGACAAUGUGCGGCUUCCAGGCGAUAUUCUAUUGAAGGACUGGGAUAAUUGGCAUACUCUGAUUAUUACCGAUGAGCUCGCACGAGUGGGAUACACUGGAAUCUUAUGGGGACUUGGUGGUGGCAACGGCAUUGGAGUUCCUCCGAUUGCAAACUUUGGAACUCAGGAGCAGAAAGACCGCUUUUUACCUGGAGUGGCCGACGGUAGUAUUCGCUUUUGCUUGGGUAUUACGGAGCCAGAUGCUGGAUCCGACGUGGCCAACAUCAAGACAACCGCCAUCCGUCAAGGCGACCACUACAUUGUCAAUGGUUCGAAGAAGUGGAUUACCAACGGCAUCUGGGCGGACUAUGUCACAGCUGCUGUCCGCACUGGUGGCCCUGGCUCAAAGGGCAUCUCGGUGCUCGUCAUCCCCAUGAAAGUUGAGGGUGUCACCACUCGCAAAAUGUUCAACUCUGGAGUUGGUGCAUCCGGAUCUACAUUCAUUGAGUUCGACAAUGUCAAGGUGCCCGUGUCAAACUUACUCCACAAGGAAGGCCGAGGCUUUGAGGUUAUCAUGUCGAAUUUCAAUCCGGAGCGAAAGAGUAUGAUUACAUCUGCGCUACGUAUGUCGAGGGUGUGCUGUGAGGAUGCAUACAUGCAUGCCAGCACACGCGAGACAUUUGGCAAGAAGCUGAUCGAAAACCCUAUUAUUCGCGCGAAGUUCCUGAAGAUGGGCAGGUUAAUCGAGCCUGCCUUUGCUUUCUUGGAACAGCUAACUUGGAUGAUGGAGGAGAGCCGGAAGACCGGGAGGACUGACAUCAGGAUUGGGGGAAUGACGGCUAUGGGGAAAGUAAUGGCGACGAGGUGCUUGGAGUCGUGCGUUAGAGAAGCGCAACAGGUUAUGGGCGGGUUGGGAUACUCCAAGGGCGGCAAAGGCGGGAGAAUUGAGGCAAUUUCGAGAGACGUGAGAGUUAUGGCUGUUGGUGGUGGAAGCGAGGAAAUUCUCAGUGAGCUGGCGCUGAGGGAAGAGGCAAAGGAUCUUUUCCUGUACCAUAAAACGAAGCUAUGAUUUGUAUUGUAAGUACUGGGCAUAUAUAGCAGAC